CACUGACACCAAUCUGGGUGACACUGUAUGAAAAAGAACGAUCCGUUCACUUGAGUCACUGACAAGCGCUAAAGAUGGGCACACGUACGGAGUCUCCAGGUAAUGCUGAAGAUCCUGGAAUUCUUGGAGGCGAUCUGAGUACGAGGACACAUGAUGGCGAAGGCUGCUCAAAUGGUGGAUUUCAGGAUUGUGUUAUAGACGUAGGGGGUGGAAAGACGACGGAAACUGAAGGUGGGAUGAAUGAUAAGAAAAGCAGGAACUCGAAGGGACGUCCGCCAUUGAACCAUUCCUUAAGUCAGGACAGCAUGGUUCGUUCCCUUGAGAAGCAGCUCUCAGAGACGGUGGGCCUUGACACAGAGAUUGACUACAAAACGUUCAAGAGGAGCCUCAAAGUUAGAGAUUCUUUCUUCGCCAGACGGUUCUUCAAGUUGUUUGACACUGACAAGAGCGAGACUGUGGAUGUGGCAGAAAUGCUGGGUGCUAUAAGACGCUUGAGGGAUGGAACAUCGACAGAAAAGCUCAAAUUUCUCUUUGACGUUUACGAUGAGAGCGGUGAUGGUUUUAUCGACAUCGAGGAGUUACGGACGGCGUUGCGGUCGUGUAUGGUGGAGAGCUCGGUGAAACUGGGAGAGGAGGAACUGGACAUGCUGACUCAGGCAUUAUUUGAGGACGCAGAUGAAGACAACAGCGGAGAAAUUUCGUUUGAAGAACUUGAAUCUGUUAUGGAUAAGAAUCCUGGAGUGAAGGAAAACCUGUGUCUCAGUGUCGAACAAUGGUUGCUACCCCCGCCAGCGAAAAAGAAAAGUUCAUGGUAUGACCACUAUUUCUCGAAGUCAUACAUCUUCAACAACCUCCGGAAGCUAGCCUUCCUUGCCUUUUUGAUGCUCCUCAACUGCAUCUUGUUUGCUGUGGGCUGCUGGAACUACCGGACAUCCAACUGGUGCAUCAUAGUAGCCAGAGGAUGCGGCCUCUGUCUCAACUUCGACUGCACCUUCAUAGUUGUUCUCAUGCUCCGGAAGUGCAUCACCUGGCUGCGUGCGACGCCUGUUGGUCACCUGCUUCCGCUGGACCAGAACAUUUUAUUCCACAAGUUGACAGGCAUCUUGAUAAUGCUGUUUACCGUUCUUCAUACUGCCAUGCAUAUUGGAAAUGCAAUCAUGGUAGCCGAGAGUCAGUACAACCUGACAGUGCCUGCCUUCAUCUUCACCACAGAAGCGGACAUUGGCUGGGUGGCCGGCUUCGCUCCUCUCUCUGGUGUUCUGCUUGUCGUCGUCUUCGUCAUCAUGUUCAUCUGCUCCAUGCCCUUCGUCAGGAAGAGCGGACAUUUUCAGGUGUUCUACUGGACCCACAUGUUGUACGUGGUCUUCUGGAUCUUAUUAAUUCUUCACGGGCGCCAUUUCUGGAAGUGGUUCCUGGUUCCUGGCGUUGUAUUUAUAGUGGAAAAAUUGUCGAGGUCUAAACUGAUCGGGAAAAUGACUUACGGGAACACCUUCAUAACAGAAAUCAACCUUCUACCAUCUCAGGUGACCCAUCUUGUUAUAACAAAACCUACCAGUAUGAAGUUCCGACCCGGGGACUACCUCUUCCUACAGAUCCCAGACAUCGCUAAAUAUGAGUGGCAUCCCUUCACCAUCAGCAGCGCACCCGAACUAGACGACAGGUUAUGGGUACACGUGCGAUCGGCCGGACAUUGGACCAACAGGCUGUACGAGUACUUCAGUUCCUUUGAGGAAGAAAGAGACGCCGAAAUAGAGGAGUCCAAAGGACACGUUAACGCUGGCUUCCGCGAUCCAGUUCAUCUCUUGAGCUAUAAACAGGAAGGAAGAGCUGAAACUGAUGCUUCAGACUCUGGCAAGGUUGACAUCCCCAAGCACUGCUUCAAGUCGAGACGGGCGACCUAUUUACACGGUGGGAAGAAGCAGAAGAAGGUACAUGUGCGGUGUUUCAUCGACGGACCCUACGGAACCUCGUCUAGGGCACUAUUUGAAACCGAGCACGCUGUUCUGAUUGGCUCCGGUAUCGGCGUGACUCCCUACGCCUCCAUCCUACAGAGCAUCAUGUACAGGUUCAAGGCCUACAAGAGAUGCUGCCCCAGCUGUACCCACUCCUGGUAUGAUGAAGUACCGCCACACGUCAUGAACCUCAAGAAGGUCGACUUCAUCUGGAUCAACCGUGACCAGAAGUCCUUCGAGUGGUUCGUCAGUCUUCUCACUCAGUUAGAAAUGGAACAGACUAUGGAAGGCGGGCUGGGCAACAUGAUCGAGAUGCACAUGUAUAUGACUGCAGCACUUAACAAGACGGACCUGAAAGGAAUCGGCUUACAGAUGGCCCUUGACCUCAUCCAUAAGAAACAAGACAAAGACCUGUUGACGGGGCUGAAAACACGCACACAGCCAGGGAGGCCCGACUUCAGAAAGCUGUUCAGAACGAUUGCCGCGGAGAAGAAGGGACACGUUAACGUCUUCUUCUGCGGAAACCCCACCCUGGCCAAAACUAUCAAACAACAGUGUGAAUCCUUUGGGUUCGGCUUUUCAAAGGAGAAUUUCUAAAUGGACAUUCCCAAGCAGCUGUAGACGAAACGACAUGACGUCACGUGAUAUCUUUUCAGUAUAAACCGAGGCAUUCGUGACCAACUCGUGUUAUUCCGGGACAAGCCGAAUAGCGACUCGUGCCUCUCUCGUGGCCAUUUUUGCGACCGGGUUCCGUCUUAGCGCAAACGGGCAUACCUAAAACAAUUGUCAACUUGUUACAUAAUGGGUCACAUAUAUUUUCGCAUGUUCUUUAUAUAUUUCAGAUGCAAUUUAAAGCACAUCGGAACAUGCGGUAUUGUACAGUAUGAUUAAACACAUUUAACUGUGUCCUGGGUAUAUAUUUAGAUGCAAGACAUAUGUAUAAUCAAAAAUUAUUUCUGAGGGAUUCUUUGACGAAGAACUUGAAAUCAUACGCGCAUUUUGAUUGGUUUGUCGUAUUUUCGCACAUAACAUCCAUCGAUAGGGGGACAAGUCUUCUUGCAGGUUACGGAAAGGGGCGAGUGGUGACGAAUGUAAACCGAGGGUCAAAAUAAGUAUUUAGUUUAAUUUUUGUAAUUUUUUUAGAAUUGAAAAGUGAAAUAACUGUUCAAUUUGAUUACGAAUAUUUAACCAUUACUUAUUCCUGCAACAGCAAUUUUAAAAGUAAUCUGUGGCUGGGUAAUUUUGUGUAAAAAUACGUGUGUUCAGUUACGACUUGGAUAUGAAAUGAAUUUGCAUCCACAUGACUCCUACAAUGUUCGAAAUGUUUUAAUUUUGUGCCGAAAAAUGAAGAUUUAUUGAUUUUUAAGAUAACAUAUCUAAGAUACCAAUCAGCAUAAUUAUGAAAAAAACCCAAUUUCAUCUUUAAAAGUUUCUAAUAUAAUUAUAUUUAAAAAAUAGAAUUUCGUGGGAGUGUUGACUAAGUGCCAGUUCAGUUCAUGUCUUACUUGAUAUUUUCAACUGGUUCGCUGAAGAGCUAUUCUAACCCGGAUCUUCACGUGUUAUUAAUAACUUUUCCCCAUCAGAUUACCACACGCUAUCAACUUGAAUCACGUGUUGUCAGCACUGUAACAACGCACUGUAACCUUUUUUAUUCUCUGCAAUUUGACCUACACUGCCUGGCAAAGGAAAGUAUACCCUUGAAAAUUGGAUUUAACCAGCAAUAAAUAAACCUUAUCAAAAGGUUACUUGGCUGAAAACCGUCCCCGAAACUUUGAACGUAAGGUCUAAUAUUGCCUAUGAUAUCUGUGUCAUAUAUACUCACCGCCAAAAGAAACGCGAACCACAGAAACAUUUAGAGAAGUAUGUACGUUAAUAAGAGAUGUUUCCAAUGUGUAUCAUUUAAUGAAAAAACUAACAAUCAGUCAAGUGUUACCGAAGAGUGUCUUUAUUUUUACCACAAUAUGCUGCACGUGAUUUCCAAACUUUACACGCAAAUGGUGCAUCUCGAGUUAUGGAUCUAUGACGUCACAUGUGAUGUGAUCAUGAGCGUCGGUUAACACAACAUACCAGUAUGUUCGUUUGUGCAUCGAAUGAAGCUAAUGUCUCUUGAAUAUGAGUAAGUCUUCAUAUAUUAACCAACAUGUAUGGUAUUCGCGUUUUUUUUGUCGAUGAGCAUAUAUUACCAUCGAAUAGCCAUUUCUUGUUUGUUUCAUUUUAGCCACUAUCAGACAUUUUGCCUGGCAGUUUAUAUCACCAUGUCCUGCCUCGAUGUUGAUCACUUGCGUGAGAAAGGUAUAGACAUCAGUUACGAAACGUCGCGUUGAAAAAAAAGUGCUAUCACCCCUAUCAAUAACAAGUAAUUGAAUAUUUUGCCGGCCGACAGUGUCUUGCGUAUAUAAAAUGAUUAGAUCCCCAAAAUACCAUAUUCGCGAAGUAAAGGAGUUACAUAUAUGUAACUGACAAUAAAAGUUUUGUUUCCA